UUUAACAGAACAGAAACUUCGAAGAGUAAAUUCCAUUUCUUAAUGGUGUAUUAUUUCUUUUAAGACGGAACUUUGGGAGCAUAGAGACAGACUCUCUCUCUCUCUCUGUAUAGUCUCUACAUUCUCGACUCGCCGUCAGCUUUCCGGCGAAUUCCUCGAUCAGAUGGAUAGUGAAACUGGUAAUCAACAUAAGCAUGAAAGAUCGAGGACAAGGUGGACAGCAUCCCUUGAUAAGAUAUUUGCAGACUUGGUAGUGAAGCAGAUUCAACUUGGAAAUAGACCAAACAAUAUUUUUGACAAAAAAACUUGGAAUCACAUACGUGAUGAGUUCAAUAAGCGGACAGAUCUAAAUUUCAAUAAUAACCAAUUGAGAAAGCACCUAGACGUACUGCGGACACGCUUUUAUAAUUUGAAGUCAGCUUUUGUUCAAAAUGAUUUUGGUAUGGAUGAUUCUUGCUGCAUUGGAUUUGACUUGUGGGAAGACACUGGGCCUCGGCCCGAGAUAAUUAAAGUCAAGGACUGUCCUAUAUAUGAGCAAUUAUGUACAAUAUUCACAGAUACAUCAGCUGAUGGAAAGUAUGCCCAAUCAAGUCACUUUGAAGGGUUUGACAAAUCUGGUGGAAAUGAUUCUGCAGGCUUAACUCCACAUACAGCUGGUGGAUCCUCUCAUUCUGAAAAUCCAUCUUCGUCAAGGCCAGUGCAAGGGAGCUCUUCAUCGCCAGAUAAGAUGGUAAAGAACAUAGCAGAGAGAAAAAGGAAACGACCUUCUGCGACACAUUCUUCAGAGCAGAACAAGAAGGAUCAAGAAAUAAAUGGAGCUAUGGCAGAAGCCUUAUUGGAGAUGGUAGCUGCUUCAAGGUGGAGAAAGGCUGCACCAAAGCAAAAUGAUGAAAGAUUCACUAUAACCAAUUGCAUUAAAUCUUUGGAUGAGAUAAGUGACAUUGAUCAACAACUCUACUUUGCGGCUUUGAACCUCUUUGAGGAGCCAAGCCUCCGGGAAACCUUUCUCUCUUUGAAAGGUGAUUACAUAAGGUUGACAUGGUUGAGGGAGAAGUGUGGCAGAUCUGCCAUUUUCCUAUAGGUUGGAGAGAUUUUGGUUUUCUCCCUCUUGUGUAGACAUUUUCUGUAGUGCUAUAAUUUAUGGUAGUUUUGACAAGUAUCCUUUAUAGUUUAUACCAUUGUUUAAUCCUUAAUGGUUGAUUGAUAA